AUGGGCCUCUCGCUGUCGAAUCAUGGCUGCGCGUGUCCAUCGAUGCCGAAGGGCAGUCCGAACAGACAGAACAGCGACUUCGAUGAGAAGAUCGAGCAAAUCGUGGAGGCCCAGGUCACACAGCUGAGUGCCACGUCGAGUCGCAGUCAGCUCUCAAGGAUCAACCUCCGUUCCACCACCCAGGAGUACAAUAAUGAUAUGUCGCAUGGCCUGCUGGAGAGGGCCGAAGAGGGGCCUUCGGCCGCAGGCGAUGACCUGAAAUGGCUCCACUGGCUGCUGGGGCAGCACUGGCCCUAUCUGAAGAAAUCCAUGGAGAAGGUCAUCAAAAAGGAGUUGGAACCCAUCAUCCAGGAAGCCUUGCCCAAGCCGCUGAAUAAGAUCAGCUUCCAGGACAUCGACUUUGGAGAUGUGAUGCCCAACUUCUCGGACAUUCAUCCGGUCUUUGACAUCCAGAACGACUUCAAGGGCGUGAGUUUGGAGAUGGGUGUCACCUGGCACUGCGCUGGCAAGAUCGUGAUGGUCUUGGAUCCUGUGCGCAUCGGCUUGGACAACAUCUCUCUGGAAGGGACGGUCCUUUUGAAGUUGAGACCCAUACUGGAUCGGCUUCCGAUCAUUGGUGGGAUGCAGAUCACAAUGCUUUCGCCUCCCCAGGUUCAAUGGAACUUCACAGGAGGCUUGGCUCUGGGUCUGCAGAUGGAUGUGGUGACGCGAACGCUGCGCAAGGUAGUUGCGGACAUUCUCAGCGACCUGUUGGUGGUCCCCAAUCAGAUCUUUGUGCAUUGGUUGGAGGGCCACGCCAUUGACAUCGACAUGGACAUCUUGGAGUUUCCAGAACCCGAAAUCGUCAUGCGACUGUGUGUCUGUGGCGUGGAGGGCCUGGACCUGGAUAGCUAUGCCCAUAGCUGUGGCUGGGGCUGCUACACUGCCCAGUUGUCUUCCUAUGUGAUGCUACAGCUUGGAGCGAGGAACUGUCAGACACCGGCCAUCAGGAGCUCUGAAAGUGAAGGUUGGUUCGACCUUUUGGUCUACACUGGCGAUCAGCACGUGAACGUAGAAGUCUUUUCGCAAGAUAUCACCUACCAAGAUGUUCAUCUAGGCAUUGUGGAGGGCCUGACGGUGCAGAACUUGGUGCAACAACCGGAAUGGAAAUGGCCCUUGAGCCAAAGGACUGAUAGAGGGUCAGAGGACAAGGCUAUGAAGGUGGAGCUGAGUGCCAAGUUCUUCCACCUUUCACCGACGUCAGAGUUUGUCCCCACUGGCAAGGGCAAUGCCGACACACAGGCCUUCCUCUUUGUUCACUUGAGGAGCUGUCGCGGCAUCAAAGAUGAUUUUUGCGAAGGGGCCAGGAUACGUUUCAAGGUGGGCGAUGAAGAGGUGCUGGGCAAGUCAUCCUACUACCAUCCCAUGGUGGACGACACAGCCAUCGCCACACCCACGCAGAAGAUGGUAGAACAUCUCUGGGAGACUUCCGACCUGCCUGAGAAGGAGAUGAUGAAACUCAUAGUUGAAAUGACUGGGCUUUCUCCAGAAGAGGUGUCCUCCAUCGUGCAUUCCAGGCCCACCUUCACCAUGAGAUGGGGUCAGUUCGUGGCCAUCGGUGUGAAGGAC